AGAAAUAUCAGACGCUGUCCUCUCAAGCUGCUUAAUUGUCGGUUCCCUUGCCGUGGCUAAUACAUGCUAUAGAGCAUGAAGUGGUUACAGAAAUGAUUGAAUUUAGGUUACUGAAUGAAGUGACGUCAACUUGUAACACUUUCCUCCCUGAAAUAGUAUCUUUCCUCAGUAACCACUUCUUCCUGUCAAUGUGGUGAAGACUACAGAGUAUUCGCAGCACUCUUUGAUGACUACACUUAUUUGAGAGUCAAAUGCAUGGAUUUUCAUCCAUAAUGAAGUUCAUCAUUUUCUUCGUCUACGUACCUUUUGUUUACUCAGCUAUUACCUGGUUAAGAAAUGGAGAGGAGCACCAUGAGAAUGUGGAUCUUGGAGAGCUAAUACCAAAUGAAGAUGAGACCUUCCAGAAGACAGCUAUCCUCCAUGUUGCUCCAGACGAGUGGAAGAAGAACCAGUAUGUUCCUGUGGUGGUGCACCAGGGAAACACCAUCCAGAAGAUUCUGACUGAGAUCGAGAGCAAGAGCAAGAUCAAGAGUAAUGAAAAGUUGCACACCUUCUCCACAUUUUACAUUGAAAUAUAUGGACAGACGAUUGCAGGAAUCCCAGAGUUUUCUGCUGUAACUACACUGGAUGGACGACAGAUUGAUUAUUAUGACAGUGAGAUAAAGAAGCUGAUUCCCAGACAGGACUGGAUGAAGGAGUUUGUAUCUGGAGACAGAUUUAAAGAAUACACUGAGAUCAGAGAACAAGUACAGCAGACCAACAAAAUCAACAUCACUGUUCUAAUGGACCAAUUCAGUCACUCACAUGGUGUUCAUACAUAUCAGAGGAUGUAUGGAUGUGACUGGGAUGAUGAGACUGGAGACUCACAAGGGUUUGAUCAGCACGGUUAUGAUGGAGAGGAUUUUAUCUCACUAGAUGUGGAGGAGCUCAGAUACAUCUCAGCUGUACUGCAGGGAGUGCCCACAAUGGAACAGUGGAACAAUGACAGAAAACAACUUGAAUUACUGAAACAAUACUACAAAUAUUAUUGCGUUAACUGGCUAAAAUAUUUCUUGACAUUAAAGAAAGCAGAUUCAGAGAGAAGAGCUCCUGAAGUGUCUCUGUUACAGAAGAGUUCCUCCUCUCCAGUGGAGUGUCAUGCCACAGGUUUUUACCCAUCAGCAGUGACUAUCACCUGGUUAAGAAAUGGACAGGAUUACGAUGAGGAUGUGGAUCCUGGAGAGACGCUACCAAAUGAAGAUGGGACAUUUCAGAGGACAUCUACCAUCUAUGUUACAGACGAGUGGAAGAAGAACCAGUAUGUUUGUGUGGUGGAGCACAUGACAGGGAAGAUUCUGACUGAGAACGAGAUCAAGAGUAACAACAGUAAGUUCUCAAUAGUGUGGUAUAGUGCGAAGUUCUUCUUCUGUCAUACUGUACAAUAA